AUGGAUUCGGGCAAGGGAUACGACUUGGCCAGCAGCGCGCCCUUCCCGAGCGAGCUCCAGCCUCCGCCCUAUCCUAUCAUCAUACCCGACUGCCCCACGCUGGGUCAAACAAGGAUGGAACAGGACAGGGCGAGGGGCGGGGGAGGUGAGAAGGAGAGCGGGAACGAUUUGUCAGAGCCCUUUGGCUACGAAUGGGGUGAGAGCCUGAAGCAGGCCUACGAGCAGGCUGUGGUGGGCAUGUUCGGGUACAUGACCGACCUCGACACCGUUGACGUCGAGGACCAGUGCGAAGUUGAAGUCGAGGGCCAUGACCUCGAUUCUCUGCUGUUCAACUUUCUGGACGAGUUCCUCUUCGUGUUUUCCACCGAGCUCAUCGUCAGCAAGGAGGUGGAGAUCGUCGAGUUCGAUCGGGAGAACUUCAAGAUCCGGGCCGUGGGCCGAGGCGAACCCUUCGACCUCGAUAAGCAUCCCCAGGGCACCGAAGUCAAGGCGAUCACAUACAGCGCAAUGCAGAUCAUGGAGAAGCCCGAAGGCGAACGCAGUGAAGUGUUUGUCAUCAUCGACAUCUGA